UUUAAUAGUGUGUGGACCAUACCAAGGAAAACUUUGAAAAACCCCACCAUAUAGAGUUGUCAGCAUGCCAUUUAUUUUCUUCGGUUUUCAUUUCAUUACUUGUAUCUAUUCUUCCUUUCUUUCCUCCUAAAACGCAUAUAAACAUCCCAAAACAACCCAUUUCAUUUCAUAUCCUUUUUUUCUCUCUUCUACUUCUUCUCUCUAUUUCUUCAUCAUGGCAGUUGAGGCUCGCCAUCUUCACCUCUUUUCCCCUCAACUCAUAAACAACAGAGAAAUGAUGAACCCUGUUGAAACAAACGUCAACAACAUCUACAACAACAUGGGUUAUUCCUCUGUUCCUCCGUCUUCUAUCAAAACCGCCGCGACGGAGGCUCUUAUUCUUCCGCCGUACAACUCUAUAACCGCUGAUUCGUUACCUCAGAAAACUGCUAUGAACUCUGAUAGUGGUCUCACUUAUAACGUUCCCUUGAGAAAACGUUCUAGAGAUUCCAGAGACUAUUCAAAUUCAAUCAAUUUCGCUUUUCAGAAUUCUUAUCUUCCUCCUUCAACAGCGCCACAGAACAACAAAAGUUGUGCCUCUUCCUCGUUCUCUUUUCUUGGUGAAGACAUUUCCCUUCAGAUCCAAAGGCAACAACUUGACAUCGAUCAACUCAUUGCACAACAAAUGGAGAAGGUGAAAUAUGAGAUUGAAGAGAAGAGGAAGAGACAAGCGAUGAGGCUGAUUCAAGCUAUUGACAUGACUGUUACGAAGAGAUUGAAGGCUAAAGAAGAAGAAAUCGAGAAAAUUGCUAGAACUAAUUGGGCUUUAGAAGAAAGAGUUAAGUCACUUUGCAUGGAGAAUCAAAUAUGGCGUGAUUUGGCUCAAAGCAAUGAAGCCACAGCCAAUGCUCUGCGCUCUAAUCUCGAACAGCUUCUUGCACAGCGAGUCGGAGAUGAUAAUGGGGAUAGUAUUCCUCCGGUCGGUCGGCACGCUGCUCAAAUCGAUGACGCCGAGUCUUGUUGUGAUAGCAAUGAUAGUAUCAAUGAGGAAGAGAAUGUUGUGGAAUGGCGAAGUAUAGGUGAUAAUGAUAACAAUGGUAGAAACAUUGAAGCAAUGAAGAUGAUUAGAAACUGUGGUGGUGGUGGUGGUGGCGGUGUUGAUAGUGGAAGUGGUGGAAGCAAUUUUGUGAAUAGCAUGAAACUAUGCAGCAACUGUGGGAAAGAUGAAUCUUGUGUGUUGAUUUUGCCUUGUAGACAUCUCUGUUUAUGUGCUGUUUGUGGGUCUAAUCUUCAUAUUUGUCCCAUUUGUAAAUCUUUCAAAACUGCUAGUAUCCAUGUUAACAUGUCAUGAACAUGAACAUGAAUCAAUUACUUUAGUGAGACUUUAGUUUCUUAGAGAAAAAAAACUUUACAAGAAUGAAUGGUAAAAAAAAAAGUCAUUUUGAUCCAGAA